UUGAACAUGCACUAGAACGCCUCCUCUCAAAUGGUCGCUUGUCGCUUUAGUGUUUAACACUCACUGCGCCGUGUCGCUCUGCUACUCAUCAACCCUAGGUAUAGGUAUGGGGGCGAGAAGUAUUUGAACUCAACGUCAAACGCUAAAUGAACUCAGACAGCCAGUGACAAGUGGGAGAAGUGACCGUCAAGAAGCUCGACCUUUGGCUAGCUAUAGAUACUAUUAUAAUUAGGCACCAAGCUACUUUAGCAUAAUGUCGUUCAUUAUGAUGAAGAAAAAGAAAUUCAAAUUUAAGGUAGAUUUCGAGUUGGAGGAACUAUCUUCUGUUCCCUUUGUUAACGGGGUCCUGUUCUGCAAAGUACGACUGCUAGACCGUGGCUUUACAGAAGAGUCCUCUCGGGAGCAGGUCCAGGCUAACUGUGUGCGCUGGAGGAAGAGGUUCUCUUUCCUGUGUAAGAUGAGUGCCAACGCUGGGACAGGAGUACUGGACCCCUGUGUGUGUCGGGUGUCUGUGCGCAAGGAAAUGAAGGGUGGAAAGACCUUUGCCAAGCUGGGUUUUGCUGACCUGAACCUGUCAGAGUUUGCUGGCUCUGGCAGAACGACGCGCCGAUGCCUACUAGAGGGUUACGACACCAAGAACUCCAGACAGGACAACUCUAUACUCAAGGUUGUCAUUAGUACACUGCUCAUGUCUGGGGACCCCUGCUUUAAAACGCCACCGUCCACGGCCAUGAAACUGGGCCUUCAGCAGGCUGAGGCAGAGUGUCUCCACGAAGACAGGAAGGGAGGGGACACACACACACAAACACCCUGCCUCGCCGUCCCAGAGCCCCCAGGGAAGUGUGCAUCUGUUCCUGAUGAACUGGGAGCAUGUGGCCAUUCUAGAACGUCCAGCUACGCCAGCCAACAGUCCAAAGUCUCAGGCUACAGCACAGGUCACUCGCGCUCUUCCAGCCUAUCAGAGCUCACGCACAAGAGGAACCCCUCAGUAGGCUCCGCCUCGACGGGCAUUGCAAGCAUUCCUGAACCCAGAGAGGACCGGGGGACUGAGAGGGGGGAGAAGGAGGCCCACUCUACACCCCCGGUCUCUGUCACCUGUGCCUACUUCCCCGUGCCUGAAUAUCCCCCCACCCCUGCAAAGAGCUCUGCCUCUGAGAGACUGAGCAGGCAUCUGAUGAAGCAGAACUCAGUGGAGUCUCAGCUGAAGAGAGUGGAUGCUACCCGGGUGGAUGCGGACGACGUUGUGGAUAAGAUCCUCCAGAGCCAGGACUUCAGCCACGGCCUACUGGACUCCAGCACUGAGGAGGAGGGGCUCAAGCUGUUUGUUGGUCCUGGUGGAAGCACGGCGCUGGGCAGCCAACACACCAGGGUUGGGGCUGGGCCCUACGAGCAGGUGGUGAUCAAACGCUAGCCCCCAGGGGGAGCGGACAUGCGAGACUGCUUCCCCUAGUGUUAAAGGAAGAAGGUGACCUGAGGUUCAUGUCAGCUUGUUUUUGAGAAGAAAGAGGAGGAUAUACAGUGCAUUCGGCAAGUGUUCAGACCCUUUCCUUUUCGCACAUGUUAUGGCCUUAUUCUAAUGUAUUAAAUUACAUGUUUUCCUCAUCAAUCUACAAACAAUACCCCAUAAUGACAAAGUGAAAACAGGUUUUUAAAAAACAGAAAUACCUUACCUACUGAAUAGCUUAAAUAUUCAUACCCUGGCCUCCCGAGUGGUCCAGUGGUCUAAGGCGCUGUGCCACUAGAGAUUCUGGGUUCGAGUCCAGGCUCUGUCGCAGCCGCCCGUGACCGGGAGACCCACGGGGCGGCGCACACUUGGCCCAGCGUCGUCCGGGUUAGGGGAGAGUUCGCCGGGCAGGGAUGUCUUUGUCCCAUCACGCACUCUGACAGAUUGGUGUGGCUGGCUUCCGGUUUAAGUGGGCAUUGUGUCAAGAAGCAGUGCGGCUUGGUUGGAUUGUGUUUCGGAGGGCGCACAGUUCUCGAACUUCGCCUCUCCCGAGUCCAUACGGGAGUUGCAGCGAUGAGACAUGACUGUAACUACCAAUUGGAUACCAAGAAAUUGGGGAGAAAAAAGUAAUGCCCUUUGCUAUGAGACUCGAACUUAAGCUCAGGUGCAUCCUGUUUCCAUUGAUCAUCCUUGAGAUAUUUAUAGAACUUGGUUGGUCCACCUGUGGUAAAUUCAAUUGGACAUGAUUUGGAAAGGCACACACCUGUCUAUAUAAGGUCCCACAGUUGACUGUGCAUGUCAGAUCAAAAAACCAAGCCAUGAGGUCGAAAGGAUUGUCUGUAAAGCUCAGAGACAGGAUUGUGUUGAGGCACAGAUCUGGGGAAGGGAACCAGAAGAUGUCUGCAGCAUUGAAGGUCCCCAAGAACACAGUGGCCUCCAUCAUUCUUCAAUGGAAGAAGUUUGGAACCGCCAAGACUCUUCCUAGAGCUGUCCUCCCGGCCAACUGAGCAAUUGGGGAGAAGGGCCAGACUCCCCCUUUGUGGUGAAGUGGCCAGACGGAAGAAUGCUUCUCAGUAAAAGGCACAUGACAGCUCGCUUGGAGUUGGCCAAAAUGCACCUAAAGGACUCUCAGUCAAUGAGAAACAAGAUUCUCUGGUCUGAUGAAAUCAAGAUGAAACUCUUUGGCCUUAAUGCCAAGCAUCCCGUCUCGAGGAAACCUGGCACCAUCCCUACGGUGAAGCAUGGUGGUGGUGGUGGCAGCAUCAUGCUGUGGGGAUGUUUUUUAGUGGCAGGGACUGGGAGACUAGUCAGGAUCGAGGGAAAGAUAAACUGAGAAAAGUACAGAGAUCCUUCAUGAAAACCUGCUCCAGAGCGCUCAGGACCUCAGACUGGGGUGAAGGUUCACCUUCCAACAGGACAACAACCCUAAGCACACAGCCAAGACAACCCAGGAGUGGCUUCGGGACAAGUCUCUGAAUGUCCUUGAGUGGCCCAGCCAGAGCCCGGACUUGAACCCAAUCGAACAUCUCUGGAGAGUCCUGAAAAUAGCUGUGCAGCGACUCUCCCAAUCCAACCUGAUAUCGCUUGAGAAGAAUGGGGGAAACACAACACAUACAGGUGUGCCAAGUUUGUAGUGUCAUACCCAAGAAGAUACAAGGCUGUAAUCGCUGCGAAAGGUCCUUCAACAAAGGGUCUGAAUACUUAUGUAAAUAUAUUUGUCAUUAUGGGAUAUUGUGUGUAGAUUGAUGAGGGGAAAAAAACGAUUUAAUCAAUUUUAGAGUAAGGCUGUAAUGUAACAAAGUCUAAAACGUCAAGGGGCCUUAAUCAUUUCCGAAUGCACUGUAUGGACUAGAGUGGAGCAGUAUAAUGUUCUCUCUACCCAGAGGGGGUAGUGUUUCAAUCCUGCAGGCCUUAUGUAACAUUUUUAGAUAGGUAGGAGAAUACUGUGCUCUUACAACAAAAAGGGCUUGUGAUUUUUUUAAUGGAAGUCAAAUGGUUCUAGGUUAUUACUCUGGGAGGUAUGUUGUAAUUUACAGUUGUAUGUUGCUGCUUGACAUGUUCACUGUGUAAAAUGUGCAGGGGGUGUAGUGGAGGACGCAAGUAAACAAAGUUGACCCAGCAAUUUUUUUGGGGUGCAACAGUUUACCUACCUUUUGCGGAAAAAUGCAUUGAAAGUAUAGGGAGGGAUCAGUCUAUCAACAAAUAAAAAAUAAUAAUAAAUGUGUAGUGUUCCACACGUGCGCACACAGGUGUUUUAACUGACAAAAUGUGAUCAUUUCCCACAAUGACCUUAAAACGGACUAAAGAACUAUACACACACAGGUUGUGUGAUGUCAUCGACCUACAGGUGCCUGAUUCUGUCGUGUGAACAAAGAGGAACUGACAGUAUGUUUAGCUAUACAUGAAGAGUCGAGCCGGGAAUUAAGAUUCUAUAAGCAGUGGAAUUACAUAUGGUGCCAGAUGGUGAGAGAGGGAGGAGGAGUGUUAACAUCAGAUGGAGUUGACAAUGUCCUUGUAACUGGAUUAGGUCCUAGACAGACCUGUAGGUUGGUGUUUAGGUGUUGAAUCCUCAGCAAAACGGUUAUAUAGGAGCUUCACUAUGAUCCCAAUAUUGACAACAGUUCACUUGCUUUGACUUACAAAAUUGUAUUUGGAAGUAUUUGGAGAGGCCUUCCUUGUGCAGACAUCAAAUCAGAUGUUUAUUUUUUUCAGAAAGCUUCUUUUGAUUCUGUAGUAGUAAGUAGGAGGGAAAACUGAUUUAGGGACAGUGAACCUUUUGUUGAUAUUUUGCUCGUGGAAAGUGGGGCCCGGUUAGGUUCAUUCGAGGAAAGAUGGAGUCAGUCAAGUACAGUGAUCCAACCAGGAUGCUAGAGUUCUGACAAGCAUCUGCAAGGCCAAAUGUGACCUUUUGUUUAGUGCCUUGUUGAAAUAUUGUUUGUGGAGUUUAUGUCCAUGAUGCAGUAAGUGUUGCCUCAUUCAACCUCACAUUCAAUUAGCAGACCAGUUGUUGUAUUUGUGUAUGUUGACACUGUCUGCAUUUAUCGGUAUGAAUACAGAUUAGAGAAGAGAAGAGAAAAAAUAUUCUGAUUUUCAUAAUGUAAAAUUUUUAAUGACUUUUUCUUAUUUGUCUAUUUUACCACAAGGACACCUUUUUAUAGCAUGUAUUUAUGAUGUUGGUGUACUACUUUGUUAGUUGCUUUUCUGGUUAUUUCUGUAGAUUGCUGUUGCAAGUGCUGGUUCCACAUUGUUUAAUUUUCUAAAUGUUGGAAGAUGGUUAUUUCAAUACUGUAUCCCAAUUCACAAACACAUGCUGUUGUACUGUAAAGUACUCUGUAAAAGAAUAACAAAUCAUUUCCUUGCACGUAUCCGGUGUAUGUGACAAUAAAACAUCGUAAUCAAACAAUUCCA